AUGGCCUCGGGCUAUAUAGAACUUUCCAUGGAUGCUGUCGAGGUCCUAAUCAGCAUCAUUUCCAUUCACUCGCACCGACCUGCAGUGAAAGACUACUCAGUGCAGCUUCAGCACACGAAAACAGCAAGCAACAUGUCCAAUCCGAGGCUGGAGGCGUGCCCAGCCCAUCAAGCCCUUGCUCGAGGCAUGGGGUUCAAGAACAACCAUGAGAAGCUAUGGUGGGCUACCUUUGGGCCUCUCCUUGAGAGGCUGCUGGCCCUCUGCGAUUACCCAAUGUCCCUCCAAUACCGGCACCUAUCAUUCGUCUACCGCCAUGUCCUUCCUUACCUCGGUCCAUAUCCGACCGUCGAAAACGGUUGGGUAUGGAAGACCUGCUACUCACCGGACGGAACGCCAGCCGAAGUCAGCCUCAAUUUCGACGGGCCAAGGAAGACCGCGCGUAUGGACCACGUCCCUAUGAGCCGGUGGAGCGGCACAUUGCAGGACCCCUUUAGUCAAAACGUGGCCCUGGAAUCGAUCAAGUCAUUGGCUGCUAUACUCCCUGACUUUACUUGGGAAUGGUUCGACUAUUUUGUCCAACGAAUGUACAUCCCCGAAUCGUCAACUGAGACGGUGCUCGCACGACAGCCCCCGGAAUUCGUUCAUAUGAUCAUGCAGGGUGUCAAUGGGUACGACCUGCUAGACAGUGGCGUUCGGGUGAAGCCCAUCUUUAACGGGCUUGCCAAAAGUGUCGAAACGGGGAUAUCCCUGGACAAGAUACUGUUUGACUCAAUUCGCAGCAAUACUGAACUUUUCGGUGCAUACCACCCCGCCCUCAAGGUUAUAGAGGGCUACUGCCAGUCGGACCAAGCCAAGCAGUUUGGAACAAAGGCCUGUUUCCUCAGCUUCGAUGCCACCAACACCAAGGACGCGCGACUUAAGAUCUAUCUGCAUGGGCCACAGACAGCAUACAUUAAGGUCCAGGACGCGUUUACCCUGGGUGGCCGCCUCGAUAGCCCCAAUAUUCAGGCUGGUGUUAAGGAGCUACGCAAGCUUUGGUAUGGGGUGCUCAAUCUGCCUCCAGACUUCCCCGAAUCGGAGGACUUGCCCGUAACCGACGACCUUUACCAAGGCUGGCAGGCUAAUUUUGAAUUGCGGCCCAACAACCCUGUCCCAGAGCCAAAGGUAUAUAUUCCCGUGGCAAUUAACAAUAAGGAUCAAGAGAGUAUUGUCCAAGGACUCCAGGAGUUCUUUUCCCGUCAUGACUCCAUGGACGUACAGGACUAUCGACACAUCUUUGAGACGCUAUUCUUGGAUGGUGACAAGCUCACUGGAAUUCAUCACUUUAUCACCUUCAGUUACAAGUCCCAUCCGUAUGUCACUUGUUACUACAAACCACAUGUGGUCCCAGUCCCAGCCAAGGAAUUAGAAGAGCCAGAUGUGAAGGACCUUUCCAAGUAG